AUGACUUCAAUAGAAUCUGAGCAGCCAGAGUCCAGGGAUGAGUUAGCAGUCAGAAGAUUAUUUGUAUUCCUUGAAGAUAAUAUCAUUUAUGAAUCCCUCCAGGAUGAUUUAAGACAAGAGUGUAUUUUGAAUGAUAAAGAAGAAGAUGAGUAUGUCUGUAAAAAAAGAAAUAGACAGAUCACCUGCGAGAGACUGAUUAAACUUAUCAUCAAGAAGAAAAAAGGCAGAGAUUUCAUAGAUCUCAUGAACAGAAAAUAUUGUCAUGUUGCUAAGAAAAUUACGGAGGCUUGUGAACAGAUUCAAGAGGAAGCUAAACAAGGUAAAUUGUCCGUUCUUCUUCCAAUUACGGAUGAACUUCUACAGAAACAUUUAUCAUGCUUACAUAAAGAACUUGAACCGCGGGAAAUUGUUGAUGAAAUGUUUCAGGCAGGUGAUAUUUCUGUCAGAGACCACGAUGCUGUGACUGAUCCUGAUAGAAAAUACAAACGAGUGAAGGAGCUCCUUCAAAUUUUAAAGAAAAAGGAAUUGUACUCUUGCUUUAUACUUGCACUACAGUCUCUGAAAUAUAAACAAGUGCUACAAACACUACAAAAUGACAAGAAAAUGACAAAGGAACCUUCAGAGUAUGCUGUUUGCAUACAACAAAACUUCUGCCUUCUCAAAAAGGAACUUCCGGUCACUAAAGAUGCUAAAAUAAUGGUGGAUCAGAUGAAUGGCUUCCUGGACAACACAAACAUUUCUGACAUUGAUUGCUUUACGAGUGCAAGACAGCAGACAUCAAAACUGCUGAAAAUACUUCUGAUAAAAGGGAAAUCUGCAUGCAUGGAGCUCUUCAGGGUUGUGGAGGUUAACCUAAAGAGAGAGGAUCUGAUCUGCAAAAUGAAGGAAAAGAGUGCUGAACUGACAAAAAGAGGUAUGCCUGUAUUGGACCACAAGUUGGAGAGCCUCCAGAUCACUUGUCUUGAGAAACAUAAAGAUUUUCUUCUUGAGGAGCUAGAGCCUCUUGAACUUUGUGACCUUUUGUUUGAGGAGAGGGCAAUAGACAUUCCUGAUCAUGACAGAAUUACAGAAACAAAAAAGAUUUUUAAGCAAGUCCAACAUCUUUUGGAGACAGUAAAGAAAGAUGAAAAUAACUGUUUUCUUUUUUUCUUGUACAUCCUGAAAAAUAAUGAAUAUUCUGUAAUUCUUGAGGAGCUUGAGAAGUCUGAUUCAGAAGCUAAAGGAGCAAGUAAGUAUCUUUAUACAUGUAAUAGCCAAAACUUUAGCAAUGUUUGUCAGAUACCAUUUGAAUAUGUACAGAAUAGAUGUAUAGAUAUAAGGCUUACAAUGGAAAGUGCCACAGGGAGUCAGGUAGAGCAAGCUCUUCAGCAGGUCCAAUCCACAGAUACUGGUAUUCUUGAGGAGGCCAUUACACAUGGACAAAUGGACAUUAAAGAUAUCUCUACUGGUUCUGUGGUCAUACAGUUAAGACCGGUCACCGACCAAGCUGUGCAGACCUUGCUCAAUGCCAGGGAAAACAACAGGCUGGUGGAGCUAAUACUAGGAAUGAUAAAGAGGGUAAAUAUUCCGAAUAUUCAGGAUAUGGAGGAGCUGGAGGUCAAGAUACAAGUUUCUUAUACACACUCUGCAGAAGCUAAGCCAGAUAUAUCUAGGACAGAACUAAUAAAGGAGCGAAUAAAGGUGUAUAGGAAGGAGCUUAUCUCUGAGUUAGAACUCAGAGCUCUAACUUCUGUGUUAUCAAAAUCAGACUGCUUUGAACAAGGUACAAUGGAUUCUAUAAGAAAUGCUCCCACUUCUUCUCAUCAACGAACGGAAAAACUACUAUCAUUGAUUGAGAAUGGGGAUACAAAGAUUGUGGAGGCUUUUAUUAGCGCAUUAAAGGAUGUAGGAUAUUUAGAGAUUGUAGAAUUAAUUGAUCCCACAGAUACCAAUAGCAAAGCUGAAAAUAUCAGAAAGUGGAUAACAUCUAACUAUAAAAAUAUUCUGGAUGAAAUGCAGAUUACAUUAGCAAGAGAAACAUUAUCUGCAUGUAUUGGAGACAUUGAUACUAUUCGAGAAAAAAUCUUGCCAAAGAAUGGAAAACGCAGGCAGAGAAUGACCCAUUUCCUACAGUUCAUUCUUCAGGAAGAUCACAAUGUGAUUCAAUUCGAGAAAACUCUAAGAAAUAAUGGAAUAGAGGACUUACUGAAAAUAAAUGCAGAUUUACACGAAGAGCAUAUUGCAAAUCAGGACAUAGUCAUAAUUGCUGAAGAUCCGAGUCACUUAUCUGAGGGAAUUUUAUUUGAGUCCAUCCUUAACCUGUCUCUCACUGUCAAGGAAAAGAAAGGAGAGAUUGAAUUUGAACCAACUGAAAAACCUGAAAUUACCCGUCCCCAAUUCCCAGUGCUUGUAAAACAAGCAGAGACUACUGAGCAACUUGCUAAAGAACCUGAAAGUAAACUAUACCACGAUGUCAAGGAAAAGAAAUUUCUUGAGCCAAACAGAAGACAGGAGCGUGUGUCCCAUCCAGAGAAGGUUUAUGAUGAAACUGUAUCAGUCAUAGGAAUGGAGCACCAUGCAUUCAGGCGAAAUACCCUUCUUGAUGAGCUACAAAGUAUUCUUCACGAGUAUCCAGAUAAUGAACAAAUCAUCAAGGAGCUGUUACAAAAUGCAGAAGAUGCUGGUGCCCGUGUGGUCAAAAUGGGGUUUUGUCCCUCAUCCAGAUCAGACCAUCUACCCAAUCCAUACAGGCAGUAUCUAUCUGGCCCUGCUCUUUGCUUUUACAAUGACUCAGUCUUUGAAGAGAAGGACUGGGACGGCAUCACAAUGGUCAGGAAGAGCAACAAACAAGAAGAUCCACUUAAAGUUGGGAAAUUUGGGAUUGGAUUUAAAUCCGUGUUUCACAUAACAGAUACUGUCUGUGUUAUUAGUGGAACAAAAAUUCUGUUCAUUGAUCCUUUAAACGAGCUAGGGGAUCCUAACAAAGUUUGCAGUAUUGCUCCAAUCGCAAGUUAUGUGCACCCGAGUGUGUGUGGUCCAACAGGACUGGAGUCAUUGUAUAACGUAUUUGACAUAAAUGAGGAAACGGUCAGAAAUGGAAAGUUCACAGGGACUUUAUUCUGGUUUCCCAUUAGAAAAUCACCAUCAAUAUUGUCAGAAGAUACAUACUCACCUGAAAAAGUUGAGGAUCUUUUCAAGUCUUUUAAAGAAGAGAUAAGCUCUGAAUUGUUGUUUUUAACUUCUAUUGAAGAAAUCGGAAUAUACAAAAUUGAAAAUGAUACAUGUGAAUCUGAGUGUACUAUUGCUUUAGAUCAAAGUUGUGCAGAGAAAACGAGAAAGGAAAGACAGAACUAUAAGGCAGAAAUCAGAGAUAUUGAGGUAAAUAUGGCUCAAGAUGACAGCUGGAUCAGUCAAUGUAACCCAGUAUGGAUGAAAAAUAUGGUUACAUAUAGGAUUAAGAUGAAUAAACUAGAGAUGCGUCAGGUAUGGUUCAUUGUCCACUAUUUUCAUGCAGGAAGAAUGAAUAAAGAGCUUUUAAAUCUUAUCAGAAAUCGGCGCUCUAAAUAUAGGCCAUAUAUCGGAAUUGCGGCCAGACUUGAUGAACCUAUUCACUGCAGUCAGUUAUUUUGCUCCCUGCCUCUCCCUUUCGAGGUUGAAAGUCCGACAGGAUUACCUGUUCACGUCAAUGGAUUCUUUGCUCUUGACAGUAACAGACAACAUCUUAAAUGGCCAUCCCAUGAUCAGAAAAUAAGUCAUUCACAUUUAGAAAAUGACAUGCUUUGGAAUGUACUAAUGGUACAAGAAAUUUUACCUGUGGUUUACUUGGAAUUUCUGAAGUCAUGGCAAGAUGAUUCGUUUGUAUCUGAGUUGACUAGAAAGUACUUAAAAAUGUUUUAUCAUCACAUUCCAAGAAUGGCAAUGAUCAAGAACCAUUUAACAUGUGUUGGCGAAAAAAUGCACCAGCACUUGCUCGAGUCCGAAAUUCCUUGCCUUGAGAGUGGAAAAUGGAUUCAGACCAAGGAAGCAUAUUUUGCUGUCUUUGCAGAGAACACUCAGGAAAAUGAGAAGAAAACUGUGAAAGAACUUUUUCAGAAAUGUACAAAUAAAGUUAUUGUUUUGAAAGGACAUGAGGAUCUCUUUCAUCACUGGUCAGGCUCUGAUUCCAACUUUGUUUUGAAAUGUACGAAUCCCAAAGAAACCAGGGAUCUUCUUAGAAGAGACCAUACAUACAAACAGCUAAGUGCCAAUAGCAAAGGACAUCUUCUUGUCUACAUAUGUAGCGAUAGAAAACUUGCAGAUUUAAAUGAAAUAGAGUUAUUACCACUGCAAAAUGGGAGCUACGGAACAGUGCAAUUGAGAAGGAGGGGGCCUCAAAAUACUGUUUACUUAUGCAAAGAGGAUGAACUUCAGAUUCUGACUGGUAAAGAGAGUGUUCUGAUUUUGAAUACAAAUGCCACCUCUGAAGUUGGAAAAAAUUUAGAGUCUCUUGCAUCAACAGGAUACUAUUCAUUCCAAAAAUUGAAUGUCAACGCCUUUUUACACUUUUUGACGGAAGUUACCCAACAACAAAUGGAAAAAAUUAGAGACCCGGUGUUUUUGAUAGACAGCAGCGCUGUUUUUGGAGAGUGUUGGCUAAGGAAUGUUUGGCUAUAUCUAAAACAUAAAUGUCCGACAUCUUUGGACCCUGUUAAAGAACUUAAUUUAAUCAAAACAAAAGAAUCAGGGGUACUAAAAAAAUUAUCUGAUGCGUUUAUCAGCGAAGCUGAUACAAAUGGGUCUCGCAUAGAAAUUUUGAAAAAAUUCAAAAUUUGGAUAGUUGAUAUGAAUUUUCAUGACCAUCCAUUGCUUGCACCAGGAAAGGGAAUUGUAGAAAAUACAGAUGACGGAAAUGCAAAGCUUUUACAACGUUGCAUACAGUAUGGUGUAAGCUCAUUUAACACCUUCUGCUCAGAUGCUGAUAGGGAGUGGUUCAAAGAAUUCUUACCUGUAACCCUUCCAAAAUCAUUAAUCCCCGCUUUAGAAAAUUUAAGGUUAUUCAAAUGUUUUUCUGGAGUCGAGAAAUCAAGUCAAAUUGGUUACACAUCUGUUAAGGAGUGCCAUGAUGUUUUUAUUGGAGACGAGGACUUUCCAAUUCAGUUUCCAAAGAUUAUGAUUAUGACAUCGACAAAAAAAGAAGAACGACUUCUCUCGGAACUUUGCUAUGAAAAAGUGGAUCUCACAAUUUGUGUCCAAACAUGCAUUGAAAAAAUAGCAAAUGGUAGUCUUCCAAUGAGUGAGGAAACUAAACGUAGGUUUUGUUUUUAUGUAUUAGAAAAGCAAUCGAUGCUGAGAAACUGGUGGAAAAUUCAAACAGAUUUGAAUUCAGUAAGAUUUAUCAGAAAUGGCACGAGAAAACUUCACUCUGCAAAUGAACUUUAUGAUCCAAAUGACCAUCUGCUACUAGAGAUUUUCCUUUCAGAAAACAAAUUCCCAGAUGAGGACGGAAAGAAGAUGGACUUGCUAAGGCAUUUAAAGUUUCAGAAUAGAAACAGUUCAGCGUACAAAAGCGAUAUUGUGCAAACAUGCCAACUAUUUGAUUCGACCAUUCAUGAGCAUUCCAUUAAAGAAAGAAAGUCAAAAGCCUUAUUGCAAGCUUUUCGACAAAACCAAAAACUUUUCAAUUCCGUUUACAACUCAAUUCACGGUUUCAAAAUAUUGCCCUUUAAGCAGGACAGAGACAAAAACUACCCCUCAUCAAUGGCGUGGUAUUCAAAUUUAGAAAAAUUUGUCUCCUUAGAAAUGAUUUUCAGUUCUAAAUUCGAGUACAUUGCUGGAUCAGUUCUACCCACAUGUAUUCAAGAAUGGGAGGAACUUAUUGAUACCAAUAAAGCACCUCAGUUGAAUCACGUCAUGCAGCAUUUUUGCCUGGUUAUGGAAUUUUACAAUGAUGAUGAGCAUGCGGAAUACAGUUAUCUCAUGAGAGAAGUUUAUCAACAUUUAGCUAAAAGAAAUUUGAGAGAUCUUGCAUCAUUAAUUCCGCAGAAAUGCGUUUUGACAGAAUUAGGAUUUAAGAAGGCCACGGACAUUUACAUAGAACGCAACAAAACGGAUGUCGAUUUAGCGCCAUAUUACAUUCUACUACCAAAGGAAUACAGCCCACUAAAAGAAUUUUUUGAGAGGCUAGGUUGCAAUAAAAAACAGUCUUGUUAUCUGCUUGUUGAAGCACUGAAAAAAAUAGAAGAAAGGCAAUUGGAGGCAGAAGACAUUAGUGAUGUCAGCGAGGACAUGGGAAAAGUGAAGAAAAUUUUGAAGAAAUUAUCAGAAUAUGCAGAAGAUGAACUAGCUGAAAUAAGAGAAGAAAUCCUGGUACCUGUCCACAGUAAAGAUACAAGUGCACUUACGUUUCGACUCGCGCACGAGUGUGCAUACUCUGAUUCAGAUUGGUUCAGCAAGACAUUCACAGAAGAAGAUAACAUUUGUCUAAUUCAUUCAAAGAUUGAAAAGGAGAUUGCAAAGAAACUUGGCGUGAAAUCGUUAAAAAAAUUUACACUAUCAGAUGCAGAAGAAAUUUCCUCGGAAUUUGGACAGUCAGAACCAUUAACCCAGCGCUUGAAUCGUCUUUUAGAAGAAGGGUAUACAGAUGGAUUAUCUGUUCCAAAGGAGCUGAUUCAAAAUGCUGACGAUGCCGGUGCAUCUGAAGUGUAUUUCCUUUAUGAUGAAAGAGAAAAUAAGGAUGCGAGAAGUUGUCUUAUAGACCCUGGAAUGGAAGGAUGUCAAGGACCAGCACUGUGGACUUUCAACAAUGCAGUUUUCUCUCCAAGUGAUUUUCAGAAUAUUCAAAAACUUAGUGGAGCAACAAAAAAAAAGGACACUACAAAGAUCGGGAAGUUUGGGUUAGGUUUCAAUGCAGUUUACAAUUUAACAGAUGUUCCAAGCUUUGCAAGUGGAAAGCACUUGGUGUAUUUAGAUCCACAUGGAAAAUAUCUAGGAGAAGCCAUUAUUCAUGAGAAAAGUCCAGGGAUCAAGCUUAACCUUUUGAAUACAACCAUGCUCCGUAAACUUGAAAAUCAGUUUAAACCCUUUCAAAAUGUGUUUGGAUUUAAAUCGUCAGAGUUUUCAGAAAAGAAAGGGUAUAAUGGAACGAUAUUCAGAUUCCCUCUGCGUACAAAACACCAAGCUCUUGAUAGUGAAAUAAGCUGUAAAGAAUACUCUCGGCAUGAAAUGGAAAAACUACUGAAAAUGUUUUGCAAAUCAAGCGGAAACAUGCUCCUAUUCACUCAGAAUGUAAAAAAAAUUAAACUCUUUCAUGUCAGAGAAAGAAGUACAAAUCCCGAUAAAGAUAUGGAGCUCGUACUUACUGUCGAAAAGGAGGAAAAAUUUGGAAAUUCACUGACACUCAACAAUGAUAAUAUAUUAAGUGCAGCUUCAAGACAGUGUAGUAGAUUAGACAAGCCCCUACACUUUUCAUCAGUGUGCAACACAAAGAUAACAAUUGCUUCUUGGGGUCAUUCAUGGGUUGAGAAUUUGACAUCCAAAGAAGAAACCAACUGGUUAAUUUCAUGGGCACUUGGAAGAAAACAGUCUUUAAAACUUUUUCGAGAGAAAAGUAGUGACGGAGCACUUCCGUUAUCCAGCGUUGCAAUUCCAGUGGAUGGACAAUUUUUGCCUCGCUUUCUGUGUGCAAGAUCAUCUGCUUUCAAGAGGUAUGGAUUCUAUGAGACAGGCCAUCUGUUUUGUUUUUUGCCAUUGCCAAUAAGGACUCCAUUGGCCUUCCAUGUUAACGGAACAUUUGCUGUAUCAUCUGAUCGCCAGCGAAUACUAGUAAGAACAGAGGAUGACAAAGAAAAUACAAAACAAACGGUCUGGAAUAACUGUCUGAUAACUGAUGCAACACUGGAGGCACUUCUCGAGCUUCUUAUUGUUUUGAAAAAUACUGUAACUAAUGAUAUUUCAUUUUAUGAAUUAUGGCCAAAAGAAAAUGAGGACCGCUUUUGGGAGACAUUUCAACAUGAAUUUUAUAGAUGUAUUGUAGAGCGCGAAUUAACAAUUUUCAAAACGCAUCUCGGAUACAUGAAAUUUCAGGACUGUAUGUUUUUGCACACCGACUUGAAAGCUGACAAGCAAUUGUAUCAGAUUGCUGUGAAUAUUUUGAAGAAAACUCACUUAAAUGGAAAAGUCAUUACAGAGAUUCCUAAUGAUGUUUACAAUGAACUGGAGAAUUGUCUUGGUACAUUAUUUAUGAAGCAUGUGGUGACAUAUGAAAAGUUCAUCACAGAAAGCUUCUUGCCGAGUAUAUCUCUUUUCACUGGGGAGGAAUAUGACCGUAUUGUCCUUGGUGCACUGAGAUCAAGAAAUAAUGUUAUUCUUUCAGCUAUGAAAGAAAGUAAAUGCAUCACAACUUGUCCAAGUAGUACAAGAAAAGCACCAGGAGACCUAGUUCAUCCUCGUUCCACAGUAUCUGGAAUAUUCAUAACAGAAGAUGAACGAUUUCCUACAGAUUUAAUCUGCAAAGAAGAUGACUUGGAAAUACUCACAAGACUUGGAAUGAUGAGGUAUGAUGUGCCAUUUGAACUCUUGCAUUCACAAUGUAGAGCUACUGUUAACUUGUCCAAACUUUGUACAGAAUGUGCAUUGCUCCGUUCUAAAGAAAUUGUUAGAUAUAUUCAUAGGAACUUUUUAACAUUUUCCAAGGAAAAUUUAGACAAAAUGUCUUGCAUACCUUUUCUACCAGGGAAAAAACCUAUUGAGUGGCCUGUUAAAUGGCAUAGUGAUACUGAAAAGGAACAACAUGAAUUUUUGAAAUGCAAAAUACACGAAAACGGUGCAGAAGGUAUUGAAUUGUACGAAAAACCAAGCAAUUUGUAUUUUCCUUCCACAAAAAAACUGGUUGGGUGUUCACGAGCUGUGAUAGGUAGAUACGAUAUGUAUCAGUAUUAUGAGAAAGAACUAAAAGCACUUGGUGUAAGAAACGAAGAGGAUGUGGAUUUGGAAACCCUCAAACUUCAGCUCACCGAAAUAACAAAGGUUUCCGAUGGUGCUCAAAAUAAAGACGUUGAAGACAUUUGCUUUGAAAUUUAUGCGAUUUUUGCAAAGCAGUUAUCAGAACCAGGGGUGGGAGAAUUUAUACGAACAUAUUUGUCGAAUAUGCCUUGUAUCAUUACAGAAAAGACAUUUGCUUAUCCUAAGCAAGUUAUCUUUUCCUUGAUGCAUGAUUGUAGUCCUUACUUUUAUGGUUUGAGAUCGAAGUAUGCCAAUCGUUUUUCUUCAUUGAUGGAAAUGCUUGGUGUUCGAAAAUCGUUUGAGUCAGAGGAUAUUGUUCGCGUGUUGUUUACGAUGAAGGAAAAGUAUGGUGAUGAACAGAUGACGGAAGGGGAUUUGGCUUUAGUUUGUAGGAUGGCAAUACUGUUAGAAAAUUCUAAUUUCAUUCCAACGGAGGAUCUCUACCUACCAGAUUCGAAUGGUUUCCUUUGUCAUGUAGAUGAAUUGUGCAUUGACGAUUUUGAUUGGAUUUCUACAACUGUGUCAAUGAGAUUUUUAAAUACUGCAAUACCUCUCAAGUUGGCAAAAAUGACAGGGAUUAAAUCCAAAAGAGACCAAAGUAUUUUAAACGAUUCCGAAGAACUUGGUGAUGAGUUUGGACAACAUGAAGAACUUACAACUCGAAUCAAACGAAUUUUGGACGGAUAUCCAGAGGCUUGUAUACUGAAGGAACUUCUUCAAAAUGCUGAUGAUGCUGGUGCUUCAGAACUACACUUUAUCAAAGAUUUUAGAUCUCAUGGUAAGGAACACAUUUUUAGUGACAGUUGGAAGGAAUUGCAAGGGCCGGCAUUGUGUGUCUAUAAUGAUAGCAUAUUUACUGAAAAAGAUUUACAGGGAAUUCAGAAUUUAGGAAUAGGAAGCAAAGCAGACGAUCCAACAUCUACAGGCCAUUAUGGUGUUGGCUUUAAUGUUGUUUACCAUCUCUCUGAUGCUCCAUCAUUUAUUACAAGAGACUGUAAAACUGGCUUGGAUACGUUGUGUGUACUAGACCCUCAUCUAAAAUAUAUUCCUGGUGCAUCUCCAACAAAACCAGGUCGAAAAUUUCAGAAUGCAUCCAAAAGAGUGGGGAGAAGAUUUACAGACAUCAUGCCUUGCUAUUUAGAUGGUAGUGGGAUUUGGAAGUCUUCACGUGGCACUUUGUUCCGAUUUCCAAUUUCAUCAGUAGAUAAAAAUGGCACUCUAAGACAGGAAUUCAUUGUAAAGGCAGAAGCUUCUUGUGAAUCACAGGAGAAUGUUAGGUUGCACCAAUUGGUUCUUGAUGUUCGACAACAAAUGAAGAAGGAUUCGGCAUAUGUAUGCAGUGUAGGAAGAAACGAAAUAAUGUAUCAUUUGAAAGUAGACAUUGACAACAUAUGCACACAAGAAUGGCUGAUCGUUGCUGGAUUUGGUUUUAAGGAUGAAAAGAGAAUUCCAGAUAGAGUGAAGAGAGCAUAUGAGGAAAGACGUCUUGCCUUGUUACCAAGUUCUGGUGUAGCAUUCAACCUUAAGAAUAAAAAGCUUAUCAAGAAUCAAGAUGUAGCAAAAAGCGUUCAUGUGCCUUUAAAUCUUUUCAAGGCGUUUUGCUUCUUGCCGCUCCCUCUCAUAACAGGUUUGCCAGUUCACAUCAAUGGACAUUUUGCUUUGGAUCACGAAGCACGUCGCAAUAUUUGGUGGCCAGACGAUACAUCAUCAGAUUUCAAACUAGAAUGGAAUAAAUGUUUGAUUGAGAACGUUAUUGUGCCAACUUACAUUUCAACUCUUCAAUAUCUGAAAACUACGUUGUUUCCAGAAAUAAUAUCCAGGAAACCAUGGAAACAGUUGCACAAAUUUCAUCAAGCAUUUCCUUUUAUGAGAGUUUUAAAGGACAAAAUAUGGGAAUUCACAGCAAAAAUCUUAUACAACCAAAUUGCAGAAACUGAAUGUUGUCUAUUUCCAAUUGUAUGUAGAGAUUACCAAAAAUUGGAAAUAUCAGAUGAGAAUGAUACCGAAAGCGAGAUUCAAACAGAAACAAAAGAUGAAAAUAGAGUUGAAAACAAACCAGUAAUACAAGAAGAAUCAUUAGAAAUCAGAUGGGUGGCAAUAUCAUCAGGUACCUUUCCUUCUUACUUUGAUGAAAUCAAAUUCCAGCUGAAAGACGAUUUCAAAAGACAAAGUUAUGACGCAUUUUAUGGAAAAAAUUAUAAGGAAAUCAUGCUAUGGGCGUCAGAAACAUCGGAAUUUCUAGCAGGUGUGCUGAAAGACAUUGGAAUGAAGCUUAUCGAAUCACCAAUGUGGAUAUAUGACUGCAUGAAAUACGCUGGCGCUCAAGUACAAACUGUAUCCCCACGAGCAGUGUUACAGUUUUUGAAAUCAUAUGAUGAUAUCAAUAUUGACAGGUGUAAAAUUGAAAAAGUGAAUGUUCAUGUUUCAGUGACAAGGUUUCGAUGUGUUGAAGGGAUGGUAUUUCUCCUUGAUUACUGUUUAAAGGACAAUAAACUGAGUGCUUUGGAAUUUGAACACGUUCCUCUUCUUCUAACAGCAGAUGGGCAUAUUCGCAAGUUCAGUAAAAUGACCACAGUUUUUAUAACUUCUUUUCCGGAAUUACUGCCUGCAUCUGCAGACAAAUUUGUACAUAUGUCAGAAUUUUCCUUGUUGAAAAAGAAUAAAGUUUUUGAACCUUUUGUGAGGAAUCUUCAAAUCUAGGACUUUGCUAGUUGUGUUUCAUACAAUGUUCCCAGGAAAUAUUGUUGUGGAUUGACAGUGUCCUGGGAUAAGCACAAAAAUGACCUACCAAAUUUAGAAUGGAUGAAAAAGUUUUGGUGUUUUCUCUCGGAAAAUCUUGCCUGUCUUGAAAAUGAACAUUUUUGUCAAAAAUUAGAAAGCAAAAAACACCAUAAGAAGAAAAAGAUACCAAAAAAUGAUGAAGAUAUGCCUAUUGUAAAAUUACGCAGCAGAAUCAUGAAACAUAUAGGGGAGUGUAGUUUUCUCCCUGCUUGCGUAAAUGACAAACUCUUACUUUACGCUUUUAAAGACGGAAAACAGGUUUUGAAAAUCAUUCCUGGUGUGGACAGACCGGAACAAUCGGCGAUGAUAUCGUUGAAUAUACCAGUGGUGGAUGAUGACUGCCUAACUUCCGAAAUACAUGGAUAUUUUGUUGCAAAGCGAUACAUUCCUGAGAUAUUAAAAUCUAUUGCAGUUACCGUGGAAAACGUUUUAGAUACCUUGGAUUGUCUGUUUUAUAACAGAGGACGUUUAAAAUUAGAAAAGGAAACUUGCAAAGUUAUGCUAGAUUAUUUUGUUAAAAGCGUUGAAACACUAAAAAAGGAUGAAGAAUCUCGGAACAAACUAAGGUGCCUUCCCUUCUAUUGUGGUCUGCUCAGCAAUUUUAGUACACUGUCAGAAGACACUAUAAUGGUGUUGCCUGAUAGAGUUCCUGUUGAAGGCAUGAAAGAAUUUGGUGCAGAGAGGAACAUUACGUUUAUCAAACCGAGUGGCCUAUCAUUAGAUUUCCUGAAGUAUCUUGGUUGCAUAGUGCUAUCAGAGAGGGAUAUUUACAUUAACUACAUACUUCCCAAUUUCAAAAUCCUACCAUCAGCGGCAAUUAUGCAUCAUUUGAAAUUUAUAAAGGAUAUUGUUUUACCGGGACUGAACUAUUUUCCGAAUGAAAAUGACAAACGGCAACUAGCAAUGUUGAAAAAUUUACUGCCAAAAAUUGCUUUUCUUCCAACAGAAUCAGACAAAUUAGCGCGUGCAUGUGAAUUCUUUAAUCCACACAAAGAAAUUUUUAAAAUUGAAAAUGAACUUUGCAGUGAAUUCGAACUGCCCCUCCCACCCUUUAAUGAACAAGAAUGGGAAUGCUUUCUUGUCCACUGUGGAAUUAAAAGUGACAUUACGCCUGAGAUCUUUGUGGGAUUGCAAAGGUUAGCGAAUUCUGGACUCACGGCAAAAGUUAUUGCAAAUUCCAAACUCGUGGUGAGAAUACUUUUUACAGAGAACAAUGAUCUUUUGCAAAGUCGCUUUUUGAUAAAUGAGAUACAAGGUAUUAGGUUUCUCAUUCCUCAUCACAUGCGACGAAUCUUCUUAUCACUGGCGUCGCAGUUUGAAAAUGGAAAAAGGCUUGUUUCUUUCCGCAAUUCAACAAUGCCUGCAAAUGAUCUCCUUGUGUGGUCGGUGAUGGGGAUCAUAUCUGAGGAUAUUAUUAAUAUGAUGAACAGGUCUGAUAUCGGCGUAGCAAAGAAAUUGUUGGGUCUCGUUGAAACGCCUUCUAUGUGUAUCAUACUAGAUCAUUUGAGAAUUAUAUGCAGUUCUCUCAAAGAUAAAAUGGAAAGCCUUUUUUACGAAAAUGAUGAAGUGGAGGAGGCUGUUACUCUAAUGAUGAAUAGAAUAUACAGCUAUUUACAGAAAAAUGCAAAUGACGAGUCCAAACAGGUGUUAAAAACUGUGCCGUUUAUCUUCAUCAAAGACAGAAAGUUGCUUGCAUUCCCUGAACAAGUUGUGUUGGAUAUCAGCAAAAAUGAGGAGAUACCCCCGUAUUUGUGUAAAGCACCAUUGUAUUUUGGCCAAUUUCAUUCAAUGUUUGAGAUGCACGGGGCUUCGAAAUCUUUAGAAUGCAGUCACCUAGCCAGAGUGUUGUAUAAAAUAUGGAAGAAAUCAAAAGGUAAUAUUUUGGAACCCAAUGAAAUAUUUAGUACAGAAAAAGCUGUGCAAAUUUUAUUUUCCAAACUUAAAACAGAAAAAACUGUCGAUAUGAAAGUACCAACCUUGUACCUACCCAGCAAGAAAAGAAACUUGAUUUGUGGUAAUUCUUUAGUAUUUGUGGACAACAAACUUUUAGAAGAAAGAAUUGGCAACAACAUGCCAGAUAUGGACUUCUUUGUUGGAUUCAAAGAGUUAAAAAUAAAUGUUUCUGAUCCUGUUUUGGAGAUAAGUUUACUACCACAGAAAUAUAGACCACAUUUGCUGUCAAAGGUUGUGAUUGAAAAAAUAGAAUCGGAUUGUAAAGCAUGGACAGUUCCUUCUGAUUAUGGAACAAAACUUCAGAGAUUUUUGCAUAGUCCUGAAUUUUUUGCUGGCAUAUUUAGACUUGUUAGAGAUGAACUUUACAAUAACGACAAGAGUUGUGGAGAAAAAGAGGAAAUGGAUAUUUUGGAAAAACUCCAGUCAGUUGUUGUACUUUGUGUUGAAAGACUGACAACAGUUAUGACGUAUGAAAACAAAUCACUGCCUAAUACGUCAAAGAAUAGGUUAUUUUUUUCAACAGAAGAGUGUGACGACAAUAAAAUUUCAAAAUUAUUCAUAUAUUUCAAAGUUGUCAAAGAUACAGAUAUGCUGGUGUGGAUAAACAGUAUAGCUAGAGAAGUAUCAAGAAGCUUAAAUGCAUUCCUUGGUAAACCUCUGAAAGAGAAUCAGAUGCAUCUACCAGAUUUGUUGAAAUGCAUACAAGAUCCUAAUGCAAUAGAAAGCGAGUUGGAUAAUCUGGAAAUAAGAAAGAUUGAUGUAGGCAGAUUGUCAACAUUUCUCCCAUUUAUGCCAGAACUUGGCACAGAAAUACCAAUAAUUUUACACCAUCUGUUAGAUAAUUCAUGUACCUACAUUGAACCAGGAGAAUUUGUUGCAUAUGAACUGUUUGAUCCAAUUAUAGAUGAAGAUGACACUUGUGACACAGAACCUGUAUACAUCUUGGCAAAGAUUCUGAAAACUAUGUCCAAUCGUUUGGAUUGUUGUCUAAAUGCUGAUGAAUGGUGCAUCCGUUAUCUGAUAGAUGUUGGGAGAGAAGAUCCUCUUGAAGCAGUUGCAUCCAAAGUAUAUAAAUUUAUUCGGAAUGAUAAUGCAGACCAGAGUGUUGACGUCGUGGAUGGCGCUGUAGUUUUCAGCUGGAAUAAUGAUAGAGUCAAAACUUACAUCAGGGACGUUCUAAGAAAUGCGUUCAGGAGAUCAGAUGAAGAAUUUAAAAGAACUGUAAAACGGCUAGUGCUUCAAUAUCACCCUGACAAACAUCAAGAUAACAAGGAGUAUUUCAACGAAUUGACUGUUUUCAUUUAUUUUAUAAAGAAAAGACUAGAAGAAGGUCAGUCAGUCGAUGACAUUGAUAUUUUCGGAAACUUCAAUAAAACGUUAAAUGUCCCAACAUCUGCGUUUGCAAGAAGAUGUUACAAUCGUGGAACCUCAUAUGCAAGGAGACGGGGUGAUUACCAGUCUCAAGGAUCUAGUGACUUUUUUAGACAAUUUUUUUCAAGGGGUUCUCAACCGGGACAGGCGAGGAGGUGGUUUCAACAAGCAAAAUCUGACUUUCGAGCUUCGUCUACGGACAAGACGCAGCCUGAUGCGUACAACUGGGCAUGUUAUAAAUGUCAUCAGUCUGCAGAGAAAGCACUCAAAGCCCUGUUGUAUCAAAUUGAUGCAGACCGAGUAGAUCGCACUCACAGUUUAGCUGUGCUAGCCCAUUGGAUUGAUGAUGUUGAGCUUUUGGGACUUGCUUGUCAUUUGGAGGGAAUAACUGGCAAUUAUUUCCAGAUGCGAUAUCCAGAUGCGGUUCCUGGAGGACAUGGCAUGGCUACUCCUUCCGACAUUUACACCAAAAACCAAGCUGAGAAAGCUGUUGAAUUUGUAGGGAAAAUUCUUGAACUCGUGGGAAAAAAGAUUCCAAAUGUAUAACUAAAUUGGAAACCAAGGAUACAUUUAUAUCAGUACAACUAUUAUGGAGAAAAAAAUGAGGAUCAGGUAUACCGACAAAUGUGUCCAAAUUUCAAGAAGAGUGCAAUUAUGACGAAUUUCAAGUUUCUGUAAAAUGUGAUAAUUGGAAAAAUAUUUUAAAAUGCUUAUUAAACACUGAAUAUAUGUACAAGUAAAUGUUUAACGGUUUUUAAUACAUGUAUAUGUAGAUACUAUGUGGAUUGUUUUAAUGUAAGCGUCGAUAACACAUGUAGUUGUUUGCAGAAAUGCAAUUCUUUGUUGAAGUGUUUGCUUAAUAUUGUAUUUUUUUUAAAAAAUCCAGAACAUGUUAAAACAUGAACUUUACUGUGUAGUUACAAUGUUCUUAAUA